GCUGGUUGAGGCGACCCAUCAACUUCCCACCUGACGUUUCAACAGCACUUCGCAGCCCAGAUGACGGACGACAAGGCUCACAACAAGGCUCAAAAGAUCAUUGAUGAAGCACUUGUACGCAUUCCGAGGGACCACAAAAUCAAUAAUACAGACAUCAGUUACGCCCGUAGGGUCAUUGACUUUGUAUUUGCUGAUGGAUACAACAUACCCGCGGAGGAAACUAAAAAAAGCUUCUUCCGACAGCUGGACUCCAAAGCGCUCAUGGCCCUUGCGGUACUAAUUCGGGUAAGAGACAUCCAGGGCAACUCCGUUUCUACUAUCGAGAGCCUUUGCAAAAACUCAAGUUUCAUCUCGACGACACGUUGGUACAACGACCCAGAUCUGUGGACGGCCGCUCUCAGCGUUGUUAGCGACAGCGCUGUAUAUCUGAAGUUUCGCAAAGACGCCGUUCAUGCUAUUAAGCAGGCGAAAUCUCCUUACCAACCCACGCCGGCACAACCCACGCUCGCACUGCCAUUCAAGGAUCCGGAUGUUAAGCCGGGGUCUACCGAGGCAACUACAUGCACUUCUUGCGGCCGGUGGCUACAGAAAGGGGUGGCUGCCUACAACCCAGAGACUGCUUCCGCCGUGUCUGGUGAUCCGUUCAAGCCAUGUCCCUCCGCGAGUGCGCCGCCUAACACGAGAAGUCCCCCCGCUCCUGCCGCUUCCGCCGAUGGCCCCGCCCCUGCCCACUCCGCCGAUGCCGCCCCGACCGAUGCUGCGGAUACGCUAGCGAAACCUUCGCAUACAGGCGGCAGCUACGCCCAUGUCCUUGGAAAACGACGGAAACUGCAAGAUACACCGUCUGCCACCUUUCGGGUGCCCUGUACAUCGUCCGAUUUUAGCGCCGCUCCUCCGUACCCCAGACUCGGCCAGCCCUCGACUUUACAACAAGGCAACAGAUAUAGUAUCGACUCCGCUGCCUCCCAUCCUUUGACCACUCUGUCAACGGCCAAUAUGCAACCCAAGAGGAACGUUAUAUACAGUCUUUCUGGGCCCUGGACCGAUAUGCUUGAGAAGGCUUUUCCUGGAGUUCGUCUGUUUCAUGACCUGGCGAAGUCGAAGGAGAAGUUCGAGGACGGCCGCGGUUUCUCCCGUAUAGCAAACUUUCAUUUCUUCAGCGAUAUGGUUACUGAGGUGGAAAUAUGCCUCGACACAGCUGAUGAGCAAUCUUGUCUAGAUGCUGCCAAUCAGGUGGACGCGAUCCUCAGGCGGGCUGCCCCCGGCGCCUCUGUCGAGGUCCGGCAAGUUCGCCAAAUGAGGAUAGAGAUUAAGCAAUAUCAUCCCUUCUGUCAGUCCAUACCUCAAAUUUUCAGCGGUAGAUAGCAGUCUUCAAAUGAACAUGACGUCCAUCUUUCCCACGACAAUAGGUUGCCCUGCUGGGACAAGUUUCGAACCAUCUAUCGCUAAUUCUUCCUUGGAAAGUUCCUC